AUGCCCUACUGGCGCAUAACCCUCCACCGCUCGGCCAUCGGCCUGCCCAAGCGCACCAAGGGCGUGCUGGCUGCCCUGGGCUUGCACAAGCGCUGUCAAGUCGUCUUUAAGCCUGUGCACCCGCAGUUCGCGGGCAUGAUUAUGAAGGUGAAGGAGCUUGUUAAGGUGGAGGAGGUGGAUCGGCCCAAGACGAAGCGCGAGCUGCAGGAUGAGAGGAAGCCGGAUCCAGGGUUUGUGGUGGAGAAGAGGGGGAGUGAGAUGAGGGGGGCUUUGCCUUGGGCUAGAGAGGUUGGAGAGGGGGAGGUUAGGUUGUGA